GGACGAUUGUGCGUCGCGUAAGCCCCGGAAUUCGCAGUACAGAGCGAUUGAAAAAACUCCCCCCGCAUCAAAACAAAAUCGUAAGCUCAAACUAUUGAGCUGUGAGUGAAUCAAAUAAACGGCACGAGAAUGUAAUUGCCGUGGUGGGGUAGCACAAUAACGGAAAAGAGUGCCGGCCAGAGAAGGCAGGAGUAACGGACAAAGAGUUGAAAGCUCGUGAGAAAGGCGAAACUCGACUGAACCAAUGACUUGAGCCCGAGCGAUCAACUUGUUUGCGUUCACAAUUUCCUGAUAAGGAGUCUCAAGAAUUUUGUACGCCCGAGGAGAAUACCUAAUCCAGGAUGCACGCGGUUGGAUUGCACUCGGCAUUGGCGAUCAAGCGCCAGAGAAACCGUCGUGAUGAGCAGCGUCGUGCCCGCGAGCGUCGUUACAGCGCCCAAUCAGGGGAGAGUGGUUUGACAUCACCUAGAGCAUCGCAGGGUUCCCUGGACCACCAUCACCGCCAUCACCAUGCGACAAGCACCCACCGAGCAGCUGGCCAAGGGAUGCUGGACUCCAAAGUCGUCACCUCAAUCGGUAUGCUGCACAUUGGUGUUGUCUUCCUGGUGCUCGGGGGUUUCCUCCUAGGAAGUGGUCUCCUGCCAGGAGACCUAUCCAACUGGAGCUUCAAAGGCACCGGUGGCUGGUGGAACGAGCUGGUCGUAACAGGUCUCUUCGCCGUUGCCGUCGGAAUAUUCCUCAUAAUUCUGAAUCGCGUGAUAGCAAAGAAGGAGGAGGACGACUUGGAGGAGUACGUCCAGAGGCAGUUGACACGUUCAAGAUCAGGCCAUCGUCUCGAGCGUGACGUUGAAACCGGUGGUUUAACAACCAGACACGCCAGACGAGCCAAACAAAUGAAGAAGAUGACUGCCUCCGGCUCUCUCGACAUUGAAAGCGAGAAGGCAUCGAGCUCACCACCAAGAAGCCCACCGCCAGCUUACUCGCCACCACCCGUAACCAACGGAGAUAAUCAAAAUCAAUCUGUCCUCUUCCUCGAGCAGAUCACUGAGGAGGAGAUCACCAGUGAUAGGAUUGAAACAUCAACCACGGAUAGCUUAAGCCCCGGGUCGCCAAGCGAAACCCGGGAACUUUUACACAAUAAUCCACGUCACAAAACAAAUGGACAUCAUCAUUCCAAUCAUCACUACAUCGACCAUCAGCCGGUUUACGUAAAUCCCGCGGUCAAUUGAGGGGUUUGAUGAUUAGGUAGUUUAUUCAUGAGAAUAUCAUCAAUCCUACUCUGGACCUGGCGUUCAUCUCUCGAUUCAAUUAAGGCCCAGGGUAUAGUCGUUAGGUUUGAUAAUUAUGAUCUUUGUAUCUUGUACUCUUCUACUUUGUCAAGUAUUGGAGGUGAAUCAAAGCGGAGAAAAGCGCGAUGAGAGUCAGCAAAAUGAUUCUCUUCUCUCUGUUUGAAUAUUUCCAGAUAAGAGGGAGAUGUGAUUACUGCUGAGGGGACUCAAUCUAUUCAAUUUGAGGAAGAAAAAUAAAGCACAUUUCUUCAUUCGUAACGUUAAGAGGAUUUGAGGGUGGCUUAUGUUCAACUUUAUUCGCAUUUGUAUGAUGCUUUGAGAGUAAUAUUUAAAUAUGCACAUUCCUUGAACAUUGACAUAUCGUCUUCUGGCCUGCACCUCUACGGAAUAGAUGUAUUUUGAUUGAUCUCAUUGGGAUUCAAUAGACAUUGAGGAAUACAUAACGAACAUAAUCGAUGGACCAAGACGCUGAAUUAACUGAACAUACAACGCAGAAAUAAUGACAUAAUGGAGGAAUACAUUGGAAGUACGACAUUGAUAUAGAUAUCACGGCGAUUUGUUGUCACAGCGGUUUGCUAUGUAAUGUUUAGAUGUUUAAGGGAGUAAUUGUAGAUAAUUGCCAAAUAUACUCGUAAUUUAUGCGUAAUUAUGGAUAAAUUCAAAAUACGUAUCAAACGGUCGUUGAUGAUGAAUAUAAUUAAUACUGAAUAUGAAUUACUUUCUGAGAUUGGAAAGGUAGGUCUUGUCACUGCUGCUACGUUCACCUCGCGCCGAAACGUGCCUUUUUAUCGUUCCGGCCAUAGGCGACACAUGGCCUAAAAAAUUUUUCUAGCAAAUAUGAUUGCAACCCUCGCGUUCGGCUCGGGCUGCUACCUCAUAAUCGCCAGAAAAG